AUGCGUUUCCUCUGUUUGCAUGGCCUGGGAACCAAUACUGAUGUCCUCAAGGCUCAAACGGCAUCGCUCCGUUAUCGUCUGGGCGAUGACGAGCAUGAAUACGACUUUGUGGACGGCUCGCUGCCUUGGCCGCCGGCGCCUGGCAUCCAGGAGGUCUUCGGCAAGCACGUGGACUGCUACUCCUAUUUCGAUGGUGAGGGGCGCUCUGCCUCCAGCAUUCUGGACGCAGUAACCGACUUAGCGGAUUAUGUUACAUCGAAUGGACCAUAUGAUGGAGUCAUUGGCUUCUCGCAGGGUGCGGUCUUGGCAGCAACCCUUAUUAUCGCUGUCGAGUCAAACUUGACUAUCAGAACAGCGGACACGGCUGUCGGACCAUUGGGUCGCAGCCCACCCUUCCAGUGUGCUAUUUUCCUGUGUGGUGGGCUUCCCUUCGAUGUGUCUGCUUUGCAAGAGGGUACAGUCGUCCAGCUCACUCCACAGCCGGAUAAAAAAGCUCUGAUGCAUCUCCCUGUGGUCAACUGCUGGGCGCACAACGACAUGGACUAUCCCGGGAUGGGCCCACCACUGUCACAGCUCUGCUCGGCAGCGGAUAAUCUGGAAGUAGUGCAUAGCGCUGGGCAUGGCGUGCCCUCGGAAGGACCAGACCUGGAGAGAUUGCUUGUAGCUGUUACUGCAAUCCUAAACCGCGUGUCGAAAGGGGAAUAA